CCUUGGGCUGCAUUAAUACCCCGAGGUCAAACACCAGCUGCAGCUGCUCAAUAAUCUUCUCUAUCAAAACCGAUUGACGACACUGAUGAAGCUGAUGCCGUACAAGUAGGCAUCCACUUGUCUUCCAUUCACCCAAAGCCACUUUUGUCAAUCGAUUCGGGAGGGGGAGUCGUUGGAACAUUUGAUGAGAAAAAAAGUUUAUCACCGGUGACACGGUGGUGGUGAAAUUGACGAGUAACGUUAGCGUAACAGCUCUCUUUUCCAUUUGUCUUAUCGGACAUUUGGGGAGAAGAGAGUGAGUGAUAGUUUAUCUUCAUGUGUUUAUCGAGGAGUUUAUUUUCUGUUUGAACGCGAUUUAACUGAGACUCGGGUGACAUUCCAUUUUUUUAAUAGUCAGCAAAAUGGCAAAGCAAGAGGUGCCAGCAGCAUCUCCCCAAAAAUUCAAAUUAGUUCCAAAAAUCGUGAAUGGGGGAAUUGCGGGGAUAAUCGGGGUAUCGGUGGUGUUUCCCCUGGAUCUAGUGAAGACGAGGCUCCAAAACCAGGUGAUAGGGCCUAAAGGAGAGAGAAUGUACGCCUCUAUGUUUGAUUGUUUCAAAAAAACAUACAAGGCCGAAGGCUAUUUUGGAAUGUACAAGGGUUCUGGUGUAAAUAUUCUACUAAUUACUCCAGAGAAAGCUAUUAAAUUGACUGCCAAUGAUAUGUUCCGACAUUAUUUAUCACCUGGACCUGGACAACCACUGCCACUAGAACGUGAAAUGCUGGCUGGUGGAUCAGCCGGGGCUUGUCAAAUUGUGAUAACGACUCCCAUGGAGCUGUUAAAAAUACAAAUGCAAGAUGCUGGUCGUGUCGCAGCUGCAGCUAAAUCAGCUGGAAAAAGUAUUCCAAAAAUAUCGGCAUGGUCACUAACUCAAGAACUGUUCAAAAAACGUGGAAUUAUGGGACUUUACCAGGGCACUGGUGCAACUGCGCUCAGGGAUGUCACCUUCUCUGUCAUCUACUUCCCACUGUUCGCCCGGCUGAAUGAUCUGGGUCCAAAGCGUGAAGAUGGAUCUUCUGUCUUCUGGUGCUCAUUCUUGGCUGGAUGCACAGCUGGCUCCACUGCUGCAUUGUUAGUGAAUCCGUUCGAUGUCAUCAAGACUAGAUUACAAGCCAUUAACAAAGCUCCUGGUGAGCCCACGUACAAUGGCGUUAUGGAUUGCAUUAUGACUACAUUGAAAAAUGAAGGCCCAACAGCAUUUUUCAAGGGCGGGGCCUGUCGUAUGAUCGUCAUAGCCCCUCUAUUCGGUAUAGCACAAACCGUCUACUACCUCGGCGUUGCUGAAAAUCUUCUAGGUAUUAAAUAAAUCAACUGAAUCUGCCAGUAUUCAGCAGUAUGGAAGUAACCUGAGAAAACGUUGACAAUAAUACAAUGAAUAUUACAAGGAUGCAAGUAACUUUAAAUAGUUAAAUUUAAUUCACAUGCACUCACUGAAUCAGUGAGUGAGCGCAAGAAAUUGUUUUUUUCCUCUGGUCAAGGUCCCCGACUUUCUCAGAAUGUCUUUCCAGAUUUAUGUUCAUAAUUUUGUAACAGAAGAAAUCUCUUAUUUCCUAGUCAAUUUCCUGUUUUUGAUUUUACUUUUUUUUAUUGUUUUAGAGAUCUCGAAAGUUCUUUAUUUUUUAUUAAAACUGUGGUAUAUUCUUCCGGGUGUAUUGAUGGAGAGUUUAAUAACUCUGUUGAUUUUUAAAUCGUGUCUUCGAUGUGGUUGAUGCAAUUAUUAACGCGUCGUUAUUGAUUAUACGUAUCAACGAUAGAAUCAGUGGCGAAGACAAACGGGGAGUCGAUCUCGCUUGAGUUGAAUCGACUUUUAUUGCAAAUUCACCACUGAUUUCAUUCACAAAUCUAUAAACGUCCGAUGGAAUUGUCUGUUGAAUCAUCUAUCUUUAAACUGUAGCUGAAAUUCUACUCGAAGUUUGAAACGUGUCAAUUGUAUUAAUAAAUGUUAAUUACUGAGCUAUCAAAGUUGGAAGAAAAAUAGGUAAAAAAUGAAACAGUUGCGUCGAAAAUUCUAUUGCUAAUUUAAUGUCUGCAUCAUAUGAGCCGCGUUUCAGUUUCACUUCAGUUGUUUCUGGAAUGUCCUCUCUGUCAUAAGUUAGAAAAAAAUAUUCAUUCGAUGUACAAAAAAGAACAAGUGUCAAUUUAGCCAAUCAUUUCAAUUACU